AUGGCGGGCACUCCAGCACUGCCGCGUAUAGACGUUGAGGUUUCGCCCGACAACGAGAUAAUGCCUACCCCUAGCACACCAAAUCAUUUCUCGGGAGAUAGAUCACCUACAAGUCUGCUUGCAACGCCUUUGACUGGACGAGAUCGGUCGCUGAGUGGUAGCACCGCAGCGUACUCGACACUCAAAGUUCCUGAUACUUCGCAUGGCGAGAAAAGCAGUGCAUCUAGCAUCUUUAGCGAUGUCGACCGAGACGACGCGCUCAAGCCUGACCCUGGAUCCGAGAAGGACUUCGAAGUGCAAGACAACAAGUUCGCCUUCUCGCCUGGCCAGCUCAACAAGCUCCUCAACCCGAAAUCACUUCCUGCCUAUGUUGCGUUGGGAGGUAUCCGAGGAAUCGAGCGAGGACUUCGAACGAACAUCGAGACUGGGCUUUCGGCUGAUGAGUCGACCUUGGAGGGAAAGGUGACAUUCAACGAAGCCACCCAGUAUGCAAACAAAACAAGGCCCAUCGGAUGGGAUGAGGUUCCUUUGAACCCGGCGGCGCAUCAAGGGGCAACCAGCGCAGGACACGGCUCUUUCAACGAUCGUCUGAAAGUGUUCAGCAACAAUGCACUGCCUGAGAAGAAAGCCACACCGCUAUGGAAACUCAUGUGGAUGGCAUACAACGACAAAGUGCUCAUUCUGCUCUCUGUCGCCGCCGUCAUCUCUCUUGCCCUUGGACUUUACGAAACUUUCGGCGCUGAACACGAACCUGGUGCACCAAUGCCAGUGGACUGGAUCGAAGGAUGCGCUAUCAUCAUCGCAAUCUUGAUCGUGGUUCUCGUCGGCUCGUUGAAUGACUGGCAGAAGGAGCGCGCUUUCGUCAAACUCAAUGCAAAGAAGGACAACCGCGAGGUCAAGGUUAUUCGAUCUGGAAAGUCAGUCAUGGUCAGCGUGUUCGACAUCAUGGCCGGCGAUGUUAUGCAUCUGGAGCCUGGAGACAUGGUCCCUGCGGACGGCGUCUUCAUCAGCGGUCACAACGUCAAGUGUGAUGAGUCCUCUGCUACUGGCGAAUCCGAUGCGCUCAAGAAGGUCGGCGGCGAGCAGGUCAUGCGCAUGAUCGAAGAAGGCCACACCGAUCUCAAGAAUCUCGACUGCUUCAUCAUCUCUGGCAGCAAGGUCCUUGAAGGUGUUGGAACCUUCCUCGUUACAUCUGUGGGUGUCAACUCCAGCUACGGCAAGAUUCUCAUGUCGAUGCGUGUCGAAAUGGAGGCUACGCCAUUGCAGGUCAAGCUUGAUGGUCUCGCGACUGCGAUUGCAAAGCUCGGAACGAGCGCUGCUCUUCUGCUCUUCUUCGUCUUGCUCUUCCGCUUCCUCGGUGACCUGUCCGGGAACACUGGCACUUCAUCUGAAAAGGCUUCCGAAUUCUUGGACAUCCUCAUUGUCGCAGUCACGGUCAUUGUCGUCGCAGUUCCCGAAGGUCUGCCUCUUGCAGUUACGCUGGCCCUCGCCUUCGCCACUACACGCAUGGUCAAGCUCAACAAUCUUGUCCGUAUCCUGAAGUCUUGCGAGACGAUGGGUAACGCGACUACUGUAUGCUCGGACAAGACGGGUACCUUGACGACCAACGUGAUGACUGUCGUAACCGGACUUUUCGGCGGUCGCACCUUUGACGACAAGAACAAGAACGGCGGCGAGACCACAUCAUCUGCUUUUGCCUCUCAGUUGACCAGCGAGGAGAAGCGAAGCAUCGUCGAAGCAAUUGCGAUCAACUCCACGGCCUUCGAAUCAGAGGAUGGCAGCUUCGUCGGAUCCAAGACUGAGACUGCUCUGCUCUCGUUCGCUCGCACUCUUGGUAUGGGGCCUCUCGGUGAAGAACGUUCCAACGCACAAGUCGUCCAGCUCAUGCCUUUCGACUCUGGCCGCAAGUGCAUGGGUGCUGUUCAAAAGCUCGCAGACGGCUCCCACCUUCUCCUGAUCAAGGGCGCUUCUGAGAUCUUGCUUGGCCACAGCACUAGCCUUGCUACUCCAUCUGGCAUUCAGGAAAUGGAUGGUACCGAGCGUGAGCGACUUGAGUCUAUCAUCGACUCCUACGCAAAGCAGUCCCUUCGCACUAUCGCUCUGAUCUCUCGAAGGUUCACCCAAUGGCCACCAGCGGGAUGCGCCGACGAGCACGACCCAACCUCUGCAAACUUCGACCUAGUGCUCAAAGACAUGACGUUCGACGGUCUUGUCGGUAUCCAAGAUCCUGUCCGCCCCGGCGUGCCAGAAGCCGUCGCCAAGUGUGAUCUCGCAGGCGUAUCGGUUCGCAUGGUCACCGGCGACAACGUCACCACUGCCAAGGCUAUUGCUACUGAGUGCGGCAUCUACACUGACGGAAUCGUCAUGGAAGGACCUGUUUUCAGGACCCUGGAACCCGAGAAGAUGAAUGAGAUCCUCCCCAGGCUACAGGUGCUUGCUCGGUCGUCCCCCGAAGACAAGAGAAUUCUCGUCACCAGUCUCCGCAACCUCGGAGAGAUCGUAGCUGUCACUGGCGACGGUACGAACGAUGGACCCGCGCUUAAGGCUGCCGACAUUGGUUUCUCUAUGGGUAUUGCUGGAACUGAGGUCGCCAAGGAGGCUUCCGCCAUUAUCCUCAUGGACGACAACUUCGCAUCGAUCUUGACUGCCCUGAUGUGGGGACGUGCUGUGAACGACGCAGUCCGCAAGUUCUUGCAGUUCCAGAUUACGGUCAACAUCACGGCCGUCAUCAUCACCUUCGUCUCCGCUGUUGCAAACGAGAGCAUGCGCUCUGUGCUCACUGCUAUUCAACUGCUCUGGAUCAACCUUAUCAUGGACUCCAUGGCUGCUCUCGCCUUGGCCUCUGACCCUCCUACCGAAGAGAUCCUCGACCGCAAGCCCGCAAAACGCUCUGCUCCACUCAUCUCCAUCAUCAUGUGGAAGAUGAUCAUCGGACAAGCCAUCUUCCAGCUCAUCGCGACAUUCUUGCUCUACUACCUUGGCCCUCAAAUCCUGAACUACCCCUUCGACGGCACCGAGAUCCGCUCCGUGGUGUUCAACACCUUCGUCUGGUUCCAGGUCUUCAACAUGUUCAACAACCGUCGCUUGGACAACAAGUUCAACAUCUUCACCGGAAUCCAUCGCAACUACCUCUUCAUUAUUGUCUGCGGCAUCAUGGUCGGCUGCCAAAUCAUGAUCAUGUUCGUCGGCGGGCGUGCUUUCCAGAUCCAGCGCAUCGACGGCAAGGACUGGGGUAUCUCACUCGUCAUCGCGGCGUUGUGUCUUCCGUGGGCGAUCCUCGUGCGCCUGUUCCCAGACUGGCUCUUCGAGAAGAUCGCCAAGUUCUGUGGGAGGCCCGUGGUUCUGGUCUACCGCCCACUCAGCCGGUGGACCCACGCCGCCUCGCGCAAGAUCCGCAGCCUUCGCAGGAAGCGAAAGGAGAGCGAGCAAGUCGCGCAGGAGGCAGAGGAGGUCGAGAAGUUUGACGAGUCGAACAAAGUGCAAGAUGAGGAAAAGGGCGGCAAGACUCAGCACGAGGAGAAGUAG